CUUACUCAUGCAGAAGGGCGGUUCUGUAAGAAAUGGUAUAGUUUUUUCUCAAAGAAGUCUGCCCUAACCUCUCACUUCCUUUAUCUCCUUGUUCAGUGCUCCUCACCCAGAGGCAGCAGAUGUCCAACAGCAGCUCCAUCACACAGUUCCUCCUCCUGGCGUUCACAGACACGCGGGAGCUGCAGCUCCUGCACUUCUGGCUCUCCCUGGCCAUCUACCUGGCUGCCCUCCUGGGCAACGGGCUCAUCGUCACCGCCAUCGCCUGCGACCACCGCCUCCACACCCCCAUGUACUUCUUCCUCCUCAACCUCUCGCUCCUCGACCUGGGCUGCAUCUCCACCACUCUCCCCAAAUCCAUGGCCAAUUCCCUCGGGGACACCAGGGACAUCUCCUACGCAGGAUGUGCUGCCCAGGCCUUUCUGUUUGUCUUUCUGAUAUCAGCAGAGUUUUAUCUCCUGACGGUCAUGGCCUACGACUGCUACGUGGCCAUCUGCAAACCCCUGCACUACGGGACCCUGCUGGGCAGCAGAGCUUGUGCCCACAUGGCAGCAGCUGCCUGGGCCGGUGGGUUUCUCAAUGCUCUGCUGCACACGGCCAGUACAUUUUCACUGCCCCUCUGCCAUGGCAAUGCCCUGGGGCAGUUCUUCUGUGAAAUCCCCCAGAUCCUCAAGCUCUCCUGCUCAGACACCUACCUCAGGGAGGUCGGGCUUCUUGGGGUCAGUGUCUGUUUAGUAUUUGGGUGUUUUGUUUUCAUUGUGCUGUCCUAUGUGCAGAUCUUCAGGGCUGUGCUGAGGAUCCCCUCUGAGCAGGGACGGCACAAAGCCUUUUCCACGUGCCUCCCGCACCUGGCCGUGGUCUCCCUGUUUAUCAGCACUUCAUUUUUUGCCUACCUAAAGCCUCCUUCCAUCUCCUCCCCACCCCUGGACCUGGUGGUGGCAGUGCUGUACUCAGUGGUGCCCCCAGCAGUGAACCCCCUCAUCUACGGCAUGAGGAACAAGGAAAUCAAGGAUGCUUUAUGGAGAGUAAUCCAAUGGAUGGUGCUUCACUGA